UGCAAAGUGAGAGACAGCGAAACCUCGGCAGCCUGGAGCCUGUUGGGUUAUCAUGGCGAUAAGAGGCACGUCUUCCCCCUGAGUCUCCGUGGCAACAAACGCUUUGCUUUCCCGCUACAUGAAAACACACGCUGAGCCCCGAGCAGCGCGGAGACCUGCCGGACUUUCAGCCCAGAUUGGAGGAAGGACAUAGCGAGUGACCGUCAUGGCAGCGUCGGAGGAGCUGUACACAAAGUGUGCUCGGGUUUGGAUCCCUGAUGCAGAGGAGGUGUGGAAGUCUGCUGAGCUCACCAAGGACUACAAAGGUGGAGAUGUCUCCCUGCAGCUCAUGCUGGAAGAUGGAAAGAACAUUGAGCACAAGCUGGACCCUAAGACAAAAAACCUGCCUUACCUGCGAAAUCCUGACAUUUUGGUGGGCGAGAAUGACCUCACAGCGCUCAGCUACCUCCACGAGCCAGCAGUGCUGCACAACCUCAAAGUCCGCUUCAUUGACUCGAAGCUUAUCUACACUUACUGCGGAAUCGUGCUUGUGGCCAUCAACCCGUACGAGACGCUGCCCAUCUAUGGAACAGAUAUCAUCAACGCCUACAGCGGUCAGAACAUGGGCGACAUGGACCCACAUAUCUUCGCUGUAGCAGAGGAAGCUUAUAAGCAGAUGGCCAGGGAUGAGAGGAACCAGUCGAUUAUUGUAAGCGGGGAGUCUGGUGCAGGAAAGACGGUGUCAGCCAAAUACGCCAUGAGAUACUUUGCUACGGUCAGCGGCUCAGCCAGUGAGGCCAACGUGGAGGAGAAAGUCUUGGCUUCCAACCCCAUCAUGGAGGCCAUCGGAAAUGCAAAGACCACCAGAAAUGACAACAGCAGUCGCUUUGGGAAAUACAUCGAGAUCGGCUUUGACAACCGUUACCGUAUCAUCGGUGCCAACAUGAGAACAUAUCUGCUGGAGAAAUCGCGAGUGGUAUUUCAGGCGGACGAGGAGAGAAAUUACCAUAUCUUCUAUCAGCUUUGUGCAUCUGCCCAUUUGCCUGAGUUCAAGGCUCUGAAGCUAAGCAGUGCAAAUGACUUCCUGUACACGAGGCAGGGCCGCAGCCCCGUUAUCGACGGAGUGGAUGACACCAAGGAGCUUUGCACCACACGCAAUGCUUUUUCCUUGCUGGGUAUUAAUGAGUCCUAUCAGAUGGGUUUGUUCCAGGUUUUGGCUGCCAUUCUUCAUCUGGGAAAUGUGGAGAUUAAGGACAGAGACGCAGACAGCAGCGUUAUUCCUCCCAACAAUCGUCACCUGAUGGCGUUUUGCGAGCUGGUGGGCGUGACCUACCAGGAUAUGUCCCAGUGGCUGUGCCACAGGAAGCUGAAGACGGCCACAGAGACGUAUAUCAAGCCCCUCCCUCGUCUGCAGGCCACAAAUGCCCGUGAUGCCCUGUCCAAACAUAUCUACGCCAAGCUCUUCAACUGGAUUGUGGAGCACGUCAACAAGGCUCUGGUGACAAAUGUUAAACAGCACUCCUUCAUCGGAGUCCUCGACAUCUACGGGUUUGAGACAUUUGAAAUCAACAGCUUUGAGCAGUUCUGUAUCAACUACGCUAAUGAGAAGCUGCAGCAACAGUUCAACAUGCAUGUGUUCAAACUGGAGCAGGAGGAGUACAUGAAGGAGCAGAUCCCCUGGACUCUGAUUGACUUCUAUGACAAUCAGCCGUGCAUCAACCUCAUAGAAGCUAAGAUGGGCGUCCUGGACCUGUUGGACGAGGAGUGCAGGAUGCCUAAAGGUUCGGAUGACUCAUGGGCUCAAAAGCUGUACAAUACCCACCUAAAGACUUGUUCCCUGUUUGAGAAGCCUCGCAUGUCCAACCGCGCCUUCAUCAUCCAGCAUUUUGCAGACAAGGUGGAGUACCAGUGUGAGGGUUUCCUGGAAAAGAACAAAGACACGGUGAAUGAAGAGCAAAUCAAUGUGAUGAAAGCCAGCAAGUUUGACCUGCUGGUGGAGCUGUUCCAGGACGAGGAAAAGGCAACCAGCCCCACUGGUCAGGUCCAGGGAACCGGGGGCCGCACCCGUCUCAGCAUCAAACCCGACAAGAGCCGGGACACGAGCAGCAAAGAGCACAAGAAGACUGUCGGCUGUCAGUUUCGUAACUCUCUACAAAUGCUGAUGGACACUUUGAACGCGACCACUCCUCACUACGUACGCUGUAUCAAACCCAAUGACUUCAAGUUGGCCUUCUCGUUUGAUCCCAAACGUGCAGUGCAGCAGCUCAGAGCCUGUGGCGUCCUGGAAACCAUCCGGAUCUCUGCUGCAGGCUUCCCAUCGAGAUGGACGUAUCAGGAGUUCUUUAGCCGUUACCGAGUGCUGAUGAAGCAGAAGGACGUCCUUGCUGACAAAAAGUUGACCUGCAAGAACGUUCUGGAGAAAUUAGUGCAGGAUCAGGAUAAAUAUCAGUUUGGUAAGACUAAGAUCUUCUUCAGAGCCGGUCAGGUGGCUUACUUGGAGAAGCUGAGGGCAGACAAGCUGCGUGCCGCCUGUAUCCGCAUCCAAAAAACCAUCCGCUGCUGGUUGGCACGCAAGAAGUACCUGCGCAAGCGCAGUGCCGCCAUUACCAUACAAAGGUUCACCAGAGGAUACCAGGCCCGCUGCCUGGCCAAGUUCUUGCGCCGCACUCAGGCAGCCACUAUCAUCCAGAAGUACCAGAGGAUGUACGUGGAGAGGAAACACUACAAGCAGAAGCAGGCAGCCGCUCUGGCCAUGCAAACCAUCCUCAGAGCUUACAUGGCCCGGCAGAAGUAUCAGGCGCUGUUGCGGGAGCAUAAGGCGGUAAUCAUUCAAAAGCACAUUCGUGGCUGGUUGGCCCGGUGCUGGUACAAGCGCUGCCUGGAAGCCAUCGUCUACCUGCAGUGCUGCAUCCGCAGGAUGAGGGCCAAGCGUGAGCUGAAGAAGCUGAAGAUUGAGGCUCGCUCAGUCGAACACUUUAAGAAACUCAACAAAGGCAUGGAGAACAAAAUCAUGCAGCUGCAGAGGAAGAUUGACGAGCAGAGCAAGGAAAACCGGUUGGUCAACGAGAGGCUAGUCGGCCUGGAGAAUUCCUACACAGUGGAGAGCGAGCGAAUGCGCGGCGAGCUGAGCCGGCUGCGCGGGGUGGAGGAGGAUGCCAAGAACAAAGCCAACCAGGUGUCCUCUCUGCUGGAGGAGCUGGAGAGGCUGAAGAAGGAGCUGAGUGCCACGCAGCAGGAGAAGAAGACCAUCGAGGACUGGGCGCAAAGUUACAGGGACGAAAUGGAGAAAAUGGUGGCAGAGCUGAAGGAUCAGAACGGGCUGCUGAAGAAAGAGAAGGACGACUUGAAUCGGUUGAUUCAGGAACAGAGUCAGCAGAUGACAGAGAAAAUGACUCGUGCCAUAGCAGAGGAGACUCAACAGCUGGAGACCGACCUGAACGAGGAGCGUUCUCGCUACCAGAAUCUCCUGAGCGAACACCUUCGCCUCGAGGAGAAAUACGACGACCUCAAGGAGGAGAUGGCUCUUUCUUCGAACGUCUCCAAGCCUGGCCACAGGAGAACAGAUUCUACCCACAGCAGCAACGAAUCAGAGUACACGUACAACUCCGAGUACGCCGAGUUGGAAGACGGUACCCGUGGCCGCGAAGAUGUGACACGAGGAAUCGACACCUCGCUAACUCUCAAGCUGCAGAAACGUGUCACAGAGCUGGAGCAAGACAAGCAGUUGCUGCGCAACGAACUGGAAAACCGAGAGGAGCAGCUGCAGCGGGCUAGUGCCAUGGCUCGUGGGGCUGAGCUGGAGUACGAGUCCCUGAAGCGUCAGGAGCUUGAGUCAGAGAACAAGAAGCUGAAACAUGACCUGGAGGAGAUGAGGAAAAGUCUGCUCGGUAAUGCUGCUACAGGUGCCGGUGCUCCGGGCUCGCCAGCUUACAAGGUGCUCCUGGAACAGCUCAAUGCCUCUUGUGAGGAACUGGAGGUCCGCAAAGAGGAGGUGCUGAUCCUGCGCUCCCAGCUGGUCAGUCAGAAGGAGGCCAUGCACCACAAGGAGACCAUGACAGAGCCUUCAGUGUAUAAAGAUGACGUGUCCAAACUGAAGGACGACGAAGUCAAGCAAGCUUACGUAGGCCUCAAAGACACCAACAGGCUACUGGAGCACCAACUGCAGACUCAGCGGAGGACUUACGAUAAUGAGGUGGAGUCGUUGCGCAGCGAGCUGCAGAACGUCAAGGAGGAGAACAACCGGCAGCAGCAGCUCUUAGCCCAAAAUCUGCAGCUGCCUCCAGAGGCCAGAAUCGAAGCCAGUCUGCAACACGAGAUCACCCGGCUCACCAACGAGAACCUGGAACUCAUGGCAGACGACCCCACGGCAUCCCGAGAGGCUCGAGUCGUCAUUUUACGGCGGAUGGUUGAUCUAAUGGAGCAGUUGGAGAAGCAGGACAGAACAAUCCGAAAGCUCAAGAAGCAGCUGAAAGUUUACUCCAAGAGGAUUGGAGAGAUGGGAGCCGGUCAAACCGAAGGCCAGACAUCUCCGGGACAGAUGGUGGAUGAGCCGAUCCACCCUGUCAACAUUCCUCGCAGGGAGAAAGACUUCCAGGGAAUGCUAGAGUACAAGAAGGAGGAUGAAAUGAAACUGGUUAAGAACCUCAUCCUGGAACUAAAACCUCGUGGUGUAGCAGUGAAUCUGAUCCCAGGUCUGCCAUCCUACAUCCUGUUCAUGUGUCUGAGACAUGCAGACUACGUCAACGAUGACCAGAAGGUCCGCACUCUGCUCACGUCAACCAUCAACAGCAUUAAAAAGAUCUUAAAGAAACGAGGAGAUGAUUUUGAGACCGUCUCUUUCUGGCUGGCCAACACCUGCCGCUUCCUGCACUGUUUGAAACAGUACAGCGGAGACGAGCAAUUCAUGAAGCACAACACAUCGAGGCAGAACGAGCACUGUCUGUCCAACUUCGACCUCGCAGAGUACAGACAAGUGAUCAGCGACCUGGCCAUCCAGAUCUACCAGCAGCUGAUCAAAUGCAUGGAGAACAUCCUCCAGCCCAUGAUAGUCUCUGGCAUGUUGGAGCACGAGACCAUUCAGGGCGUGUCGGGAGUUAAGCCCACGGGUCUGCGUAAACGGACGUCAAGCAUUGCCGACGAGGGCACCUACACCCUGGACUCCAUCCUGCGACAGCUCAGCGCCUUCCACUCCACCAUGUGCCAGCACGGCACCGACCCUGAGCUCAUCAAGCAGGUGGUGAAGCAGCAGUUUUACAUCAUCGGCGCUGUCACACUCAACAACCUGCUGCUACGCAAAGACAUGUGCUCCUGGAGCAAAGGCAUGCAGAUCAGGUACAACGUGAGUCAGCUGGAGGAGUGGCUCAGAGACAAAGGUCUGAUGACCUGCGGAGCCAAAGAGACGCUGGAGCCUCUGAUCCAGGCCGCUCAGCUGCUGCAGGUGAAGAAGAAGACUGACGAGGAUGCAGAGGCCAUCUGCUCCAUGUGCCACGCUCUCACCACUGCUCAGAUCGUAAAAGUCCUGAAUCUCUACACCCCCGUCAACGAGUUUGAGGAGAGAGUGUCAGUUGCAUUCAUACGAACCAUACAGACUCGCUUGCGGGACCGCUGUGAGAGUCCCCAGCUGUUGAUGGACACGAAGAUGAUCUAUCCCGUCACCUUCCCGUUUAACCCUUCUUGCCUCGCACUGGAAACCAUCCAGAUCCCCAGCUCGCUCAACUUGGGCUUCCUCACCCGUGUCUAAUCCGAGCCCACGAGAGCACUCUGAGCCCUGCGGCGAAUUUGUCUUAGUGGCCACAGUCGGAUUUGCAAGUCACCGUCUCCCCGAAAAAUUUAAAACACCACAAACACUCGCAAAUUUCACUCAAGUUAACACGAUUUGAAGUCAUGUUUAAAUAAACAGGUGAAAAGGUUCAGCAGUUUCUCUAGUUUAAACUCAGACAUGCACGCGCAUACAUGAAAAAUGCAGACACGUCACAUCUGUAAAGUACUUUCAUCCUCCAAACGUACAGACGCACACUCGCCUUCUCUCUUUCACGAACGCACAGACACGCACACGUGGUCAUUUCCGCUGGUUUAAAUCUGGCCGUAAGCCCUGAGCAUCAUCCGCUGCUUGUACAAAACGCCUGCCUCUUAGAGAAGCCACAGGACCAGAUCAAUGCCUCCAGUACUCUCCAUCGAUCCUUCAUCUGCGUUUCCAGUAAUCCUUAAGAUAGUUGUUGUUGUUGUUGUUGUCUCGAUACACGAGAGCAGGCCCACCAGGUGGAGCUGAAGCCUCAAAACAAGUUAUGAUUUGUCAGUCUAGCAGUCUGCCCUCAUGAUGGGUGAAUUCUGAGCUCCUGUGUGAGGGCAGCUGAAUGAUGAGGUGAAACAGUCAGCGCUCUCUCCACCCCGUGUUGAGGUGACCACUGAGCAGAUUUCACUUUGUACGUUUUAUUCUCUGAACACGUCAAGCCAAGACAAAAUUCAUCAUCUGUACUAUAUUAUUUAUACAUAAAUAAAUAUAUAUAUAAAUAUGAAUAAUAUAUAUCCUGUAUUUUAUUUAUUGCACUUAUAGCUACAUCCCUUUUUAAGAUUAGAAGCUUCCCCCUUGCAGCGAAUGUGUCCGAAGUGAAGGAUGGGACCACUCUUUCCCACGGCAAACAGCUUCUUAGAGACCGUUUAAGUUUUAGUUGCUUCCUUGGCUAUUAUGUCAAUAUCAGGUAAAUAUGUAGUAUCUUUAAUGAGUGCCGGCACAGAUAAUUAUUUGUUAGGUUGCGUCUUAAACCUUGAGAUGUUUUUUUUUUGUCAUGUUUAGCCUGCAUGUCUGGCAGAUGAAGUGUAGCACAGGUUUUAUAGGCGAGGACAGAUUGAGAAGGUUUGAGGUUCAAACUCUGCAAAGGGUUUAACCUGCGACAGUCUGCACCGUUUACAGCUGUGACCAAAGCCGAGCGUCACAGGAAACACUGACAUGAACACAUACUGUAUGAGUACCAACCUUACACUCUGCUUACUGGGUUUUUUUUUUCUUGUCUUCUGGCUCAGAGCCAUAAAAAUGUUUUACUGUUGUCAUUGUGUGAUUAUUUACUUUGUUCAGUAUUGUCAUUUUCUUAAGAUAAUCUAAAGCCAUGUAUUACUGAGCAGAAUAGAUAGCUCUUUGAAGUUGGUUUAAUGCAAAUUUGUUGAGCUUUACAUUCCCUCUGCUGCGUCCUCUCACAAACACAGCUCUGUUCGACUCCUCUUACACCUCCUACCCAUCCACCUUCACUCAGCAUGUCCCAACGUGGGCUUUUAUUACCAGGAAAACAGAAUGUGUUCAUUCAUUCCUCUUCUCAGUUUCACAGCUGGGUAAGGGUGACAAAGAAGUUUUGUUUUUUGUCUUUCUGUGGUUGGUGCACAUGUUCUUUCAGCUCAGAUUGUUUGCUUGCAUGCACUGCUACUCCUGCUCCCCCCACUUAAACUGCAUGGGUUUGGCAAAAUCCAAGUGCAUGUUUUUGAUUUUAAAGAAGAGAAACCCAGGCACAGGUGAAGUGUCUGAUGAGUGUCUGGUAAUCUGCCCAUGUUGGGAUUGAAGUAGUUUUCACACAUGCAUCUGCUGGAUUUGUGAGAAGAGUUGCAUGAGAUAUUCAAUAUAUUUAACCUGCCAGCUCACGUUAAAGAAAGUGCAGCUAAUUAUGGAGCUAAAUGGGUGUAUCAUGUCCAACCUCCUACAUUACCCAGGUGGCACCCUCACCUAAACAAAAUCCCCUUUUCCCGCUUACAUGGGAAGCAGUACUGGAACCAGUGCUGAUGUGAAAACAGUUCCGAGAAUAAGCUCACAUUUCAGCAGAUGUGAGAAACCGUUAUUAUGCAGUGUUACCAGCAGAUUUUGGGUUAUUUCCAUGUGAAGAAAUCAGGCCAGUCAUUGGUCAGUUUCUUGUGAUAGCCCCUCCUAUAUUCACUGACAUCACUGGUUGGGGUUAGGCACAAGUGCUUUUUGAGAAAACGUAUAAAACCAGUUUAGACUGGGCACAGUGGAAAAGAAGUAAAAGGAUGCACUGACCAGAUUCACCAGCCAUUAUUCAGAGUUUGUGUGUGAAAACAGCUUUUCCUUCGUUCGCUGCCUCUUCUUUUGGCACUUCUAGUUUACUUCUUGUUGUGCCGCUAGUAUUAAGCUGCCUCUCGCCUUGAUGUGAACCUUAUUUUGCGCAGUGACCUUACCCUUUCAAAAAACACAUUUCACUUUGAUGGAAUAUUUUCUCCUUACACACAUGAACUGGAUUCUGCAGUUUUGAUUUAAAUUUUUCAAACUUUUUCAAGGAUGUAAAAUUUACAUUCAGAGGGGGGAAAAAACUAUCAAGGUGAAGUAUGAAUGCCAAACUCUAAUUUUAAGUGGAGUAAUUAUGUAAAGCUAUUUUGUGUUGCACUUUCCUGGGACCAUGUUUUUGUUAUAUUGGUUGGAUUUGUAGUUGGUUUAGUGUAUGUCGUGUGCAAAGAGAACAUAUCUUGUAGUCGUAAGAAAGAUGGUUACUGAAGGAAUUAAUCAACUAUAUGAAUGUUAAAAAACAUUGAAGUGUAUCAUGACUUUUAGCUGCACAUUGUAGACCAAGCCUUAUCUGAAUCACUUGCUAUCUGAAUGACUUACACACAUGAUCAACGAACAUUGUGGCAUUGUUUUGUUCUGUCAGUGCAGUAUUUUUUUUCUUUCACUGUAAAAUGAAUAGAAAUGUGUUUUUUAUUUUGAUUGCGUGUCAUUCGGUCCUGCAGUUGGUGUCACAGACACCAAAAUGAACUUUUUUUCAACACCGCAGAGGAAAUCUGAUAAACGAUAGGUGGAUAUGGACUGGAAAAAGAAAUCCAUCAAACUUCCCCGUUCUUUUCACACAAGUGCAGCCUGUUGACCUUCCUCUAGCUAAUGUCCUGACUGACUGAACAUCUCUUUGUUAACACUAUAAGUUAAUGUGUGGCGCAGGUGUCAAAGAUGAAGCUCAGAGUCCGAGGACACUGCAAAGGAUUAGCUAGUUUCAGAGUAAAAACAAAAAGCAUCUUCAUUCAUUCAAUCAGUGGUUCGUGUUACUUUCUUAGUUGAGCAGAGCUGCUGCAGCAUCUUGUUCCCCUGGGCUUCUCUUGGGCUCUCAAACAGGAGAAAUAUGUCAUUCAUUCACUCUGCAUUUCCAUACUAAAGAGAGAAUCGGCUGUAUGAUAUGACUCAGACAUUAUAAAUUACCAUUGUUCUCAUCAGCACUAGCAUAAAUUGUGCCGUUUUAAAGAAAUGUUCAAAACUAACUUAAAAAGAGAUACAUCCCCUCCCCAGCUCUUGAGGUACUGGUGUGAACAUGCUGAAGCCGGUACCAGAUGUUUCCUCUCCGAUCCCAUGUGUACAUUUGGAAAAACUGGACUGUUUGUAGUUUCUGGUAGCUGUGCUUAGUGAAUGUGUUCACUGUUAAGAAACUUGGAAUAAAUUGUCAAAUCUGUAAAAGUAAAAUAAAAGAAUUCAGCACUG